AUGACUCAAACGUGUUUCGAAAAGUUGUGUGCCAUGGUUGAAACAUACGGAGGGUUAAGAACAACUAGGUUUAUGAAUAUUGAAGAACAAGUUGCCAUUUUUCUUCAUAUUAUUGCUCACAAUGUUAAGAAUCGGGUUAUGAUAUGUGGUUUUCAUCGUUUGGGAGAAACAAUUAGUAGAGUUAUUGCUAGAGUUUGCAAUGCCGUAAUAAGGUUACAUCCACGAUUGCUUAAGAAACCUGAACCUGUUCCUGAUAACUCUACUGAUCAAAGAUGGAAAUGGUUUAAGAAUCGUCUAGGAGCUUUAGAUGGAACCUACAUAAAAUGUUUAGUUCCAGAAGAAGACAAACCUAGAUAUAGAACAAGAAAAAAUGAAAUUGCGACAAACGUGCUAGGGGUGUGCUCACAAGAUAUGCAAUUUAUAUAUGUCUUACCGGGAUGGGAGGGGUCGGCUGCUGAUGAUCGAGUGUUUCGAGAUGCUCUUCUUAGGCCUCAUGGAUUAAAAGUUCCAAGACCGGGUUAUUACUUGGUUAAUGUCAGAUACACAAAUGGAGAGGGUUUCUUAGCUCCUUAUAGGGCUCAAAGAUAUCAUUUAAAUGAUUGGCGUGAUGGACACCAACCAACCACUGCCAAAGAAUUUUUCAAUAUGAAGCAUUCAUCGGCGAGAAAUAUUAUUGAACGAUGUUUUGGUAUGUUAAAGGCAAGGUGGGCAAUCUUAAGAGAUAACUCGUAUUAUUCUAUUGAAAAAAAAGUUAGGAUCAUCAUGACAUGUUGUCUCUUCCACAAUUUUAUAAUGCAAGAAAUGCCAGUAAAUCCACUUGACAAUGAAGAUGAAGUGGAUGAGGGAACCAGAGACCAUGGAGUCGAAGACGGAGAUAAUAUAAAUGUUGUUGGUACUUCAAAUGAGUGGACUGCAUUUAGGGAUAAUUUAGCACAAUCUUUGUUUGCUUCUUGGAAUGCUACCUGUUGA